AAGAGCUGAGGAAAAGUGGAGAGGCGAAACACGCCCAUUUGAGCAACGAUCUUCAUGUUUUAAUUGAAGUUUUCGCACCACCUGGAGAAGCCUAUUCCCGCAUGAGCCAUGCCCUGGAGGAGAUUAAGAAAUUCCUUGUUCCAGAUUACAAUGAUGAGAUCAGGCAGGAGCAACUUCGUGAGCUCUCCUACUUAAAUGGCUCAGAUGACCCAAGCCGAGGAAGAACCGCACGAGGACGAGGCUUACGUCUGACCUCCACAGCCUCCACUCGAGGUCGAGGGGGGGCAGCUCCACCCCCUCCACCUGGACGAGGAGCAGCAGCACCCAGAGGAACUGUGGGAACACGCACCUCCGCCCCAACACCCACACUAGCCAGGGGAGUGUCUGCACCCCGGGCCAGAGGAACUACAGGGACCCCUGGUUACAGAGUCCCACUACUGCAGGCCACGCACAAAUCAUAUGAUGACUACGGAUACGAUGAUGGUUAUGAUGGGGAAUAUGAUGACCAGAGUUAUGAUGACAACUACAGCAACCAGUGCAAAAAGCAGAAAAGUGUCUCAGAAUAUUAUGAAUAUGGACACGGUAAUAAUGAUGAAGACUACAACAAUUAUGCAGAAGAGGACUGGACAUCAUCGCGGCCCAACCUCAAAGCUCCAGCAUCAAGACUUACUCGAGGGGGCUACAGAGAUCACCCCUAUGGUACCAGUCUCUCUGUGAGCUGAGAUGCAGUGGAUUGAGUCAGACUGGGCGCUCUGCAGUCGAUAUGUGGAGCAUACUGAUAAAAACCAAUCAGUGAGAAGUGAGGGGGCUCCGUCUCAUUUGGCUGAGGAAGUGCUUAUAAACAGUCUGUGCACAGAUGCUGUAUGCCAGUGUUGAACUUCUCAUUUCCAUGGAUCUGAAUAGAGCUGAUCUUGACUGAACAUCACUGCAGGGCACAGAUGACCACUGCGUAUCAAUCUUGUCAAAUCUGAACAGCGUCUUAUGAGAUGGACCUCACCCUGGAUUGGCUCAUUCAGACCACGUAGAAGGUCCAAGCAGAUACCUUCAAGUUGUAUCACAUCCAGUUUGAAUUCUUCAAAGACCCAUAAAUUCAAUAUGGCAUUAUGGUGUUAAGAUCAAUAUAGCAACAUAAGGCAUGCCACAUAUUGUGGUAUAAUAUGAGGCUAUGUUGAGCCUAACAUUGUUUUCAGGUUUAAAUCCUUUCUCACGCACAAUGCUAUGCUGGAAGUUCUUGCAUUUUUAUGGUCAUAUAUCCUCUUUUCGCUUAAUCUUUUUUAUCCCACAGGACAAAAAAAAAAAAAAAAAGGACAUAAUUGGAUUAAAUGGCUGUUGAAGAUGGAGUACAUUUUGUCUAAGUACGUCAUCUACACUAUGUCACCUCAAUGACAGCUAAAUGAGAGGGUUUAACAUGGUGCAUUAAAUCUUGAUAGAUAUACAACCACUUACAGCUAAAUACUUAUAUCUUUAUGCAACAGUUUUCUUGUAUCUUUGGGGUUAUAGAAGCAGCUUGUUUCUGUGCUUUCUGCCACAGUGACAUCUGUGAGCAUAUGACUCAGUUUGCUCUUCGUAUGCCAUUACUAGCAGUAUCGAAAUACAGCACAUAUUACUCAUCAGAACCUGUGCUUUCAAAGCCUGAGGCUUCAAAAAUUAUUUACCAGUUAGACAAUACAUACAGUAAGUGAAUUUCACACAAAGGCUCAUCUUCAUUGAAAUGUCGUAUGUAAUCAAAAUCCGGUGUAUAAAUCUACACAUAUUCUCAUUAAUGCUUUGAGUUCCUCAGCUGAAUGGGUUUUGAGCUUUUUCUCCUUGCAGUGGAAAUCUCAAAACAUCCAAUCAUGUUUCUUAAAGUGGCAUUUAACACCAUCUAAGUGCCCUUGAAGUUAUCAACACAGCUCAGACCAAAUUUUAAAAUUCAAUUUCCUCAUGACUACAAAUGAAACAGCAUCUUUCUGGAGAAUGUGAAAAGCUUGUAGGAUUCAACGCGUAUACCUCAAAACAAUCAAUAGUUUUUACAGAAUGGUCUAUAGGUUUGUCAAAUAAGAACUUAAACACACAUCUCGACUAAAACAGUAAAGAUAACAUUUAAACAUUUUUUUUCUAGUCAUAAGUCUUUUAUAUCUGAAACCAGUUUACUGCCAGUUUCACUCAGCAGUUGUCAGCAAAUCUAGCAGUUCUCUCUGUAAACUAUGUUGUACAGGGAAUAAAGGAAGUGCUUUGAUUUAUUUAUUUUGCUUACCAGGUUCUGAGACUCAAUAGUGAGAAAUGUGAACUCACCCACAAUAAAAUUAAAAUACCCUUCAUCGUAAUGCUCCAGUAAGAG